UUUACAUUAUUUUAACCUCUACUCAAGCUACCAUCAUCGUAGAACACCAUGUCUGGAUCGAGGGAUACCCACACGUAUAGUGAAGAAGCUUUAAGCACAGAGGAAUCCUGCAAGCAAAACACUUCUCAGCAACAAGAGGCUGAAAAGAGUCAUCAAGAACACAGUAAAGGCCAUCAAGAAAAUAAACACUCUGAAGAGCGUACAAAAUCUGGCCAACACUACGCUGAGGAACGCAGAGAUACCCAAGACAAUCAUAAGGAACCACAAGAAAACAAGAAAACUAACCAAGAACAACCGCAGGAAUUGAGGCACAACCAGGAUAAUAAAGAACGUUCACAGGAACAAAACAAGGGCAACCAACAACCUCUUCAGGAACAAAGCAAGGAUCAAAAAGCACAUAACCGAGAUCUAAACAAAGGUGACCAACAGCACCAUCAUGAGCAAGACCGAAGCAAAGGUAACCAAAAACACGAGCACAGCCAUGAUCAAAAAGAACAUUCACAGGACCCAAAUAAGCAUUACCAACAGCAUUCCCAGGAACACAGAGAAGUUAAAAAAGAACAUAACCAAAAUAAAGGUGACCAGCAACAAUCCCAGAUACCCAACAAAAAUCAAGAAAAGCAUUUCCAAGACCAAAGCAAGGACAACCAACAAAAGUUCCAGGGUCACUACCAGGAUCAAAAAGACAGUUUCCAGGACAAAAACAAAGGUACUCAACACCCACAAGAGCACAACCAGGGUCAAAAAGAACAGUUCCAGAACCAAAACAAGGGUAACCAACAAUAUUCACAGGAGCAUAGACAAGAUCAAAAAGAACAUUCUCUGGCAGAAAAAAAAGAUAACCAACAAUCCCAGGAGCACAACCAGAGUCAAAAACAACAUUCACAGGGCCAACAUACAGAUAAUCAACAACAUUCCCAGGAAAACAAAAAGGAUCAAAAAGAGCAUAACCCAGAUCAAAACAAUGGUAACCAACAACAGCAUCAGGAGCACAACCAGGAUCAAAAAGAACAUUCCAAGAACCAAAACCAAGAUAAGCAACAACAUCGUCAGGAGGACAACCAAGAGCAAAAGGAACAGUCCCAAAACCAACAACAUUCCCAAGAGCAUAGACAAGAUCAAAAACAACAUUCACGGCAACAAAACACAGAUAGCCAGCAAUUCCAUGAGCACAACCAGAGUCAAAACCAACAUUCACAGGAUCAAAGUAAGGAUAAUCAACAACAUCCCCUGGAACACAAAAUGGAUAAAAAAGAACGUAACCAAGAACAAAAUAAUAGUAACCAACCACAGAAUCAGAAGUACAACCAGGAUCAAAAAGUACAUUCUCAGAACCAAAACCAAGGUAACCAACAACAUCAUCAGGAGAACAACAAGGAUCAAAAAGAAAAAUUCCAGGACCAAAACAAAGAUAAUCAACACCCCCAAGAGCACAACCAGGAUCUAAAAGAAAAUUCCCAGAAUCAAAGCAAGGGUAGCCAACAACAUUACCAGGAACACAGACAGGAUCAAAGAGGACAUUCUCAGGAACAAAACAAAGACACUUUACACUCACAGGGACACAACCAGAGUCAAAAACAACAUUCACAGGAGCAAAAUAAGGAUAACCGACAAUAUUCCCAGGAACACAGAAAUGAUCAAAAAGAACAUAGCCAAUAUCAAAACAAAGGUAUCCAGCAACAACCCCAGGAACAUAACCAGAAUCAAAAAGAACAAGCAGAAACUCAAGACCCAAGCAAAGGUUACCAACGACAGUCACAGGGUCACAACCAGGAUCAAAAAGACCGCUCUCAAGACCAAAACAAAGGUAUCCAGCAACAACCCCAGGAACAUAACCAGAAUCAAAAAGAACAAGCAAAAACUCAAGACCCAAGCAAAGGUCACCAACAACAGUCACAGGGUCACAACCAGGAUCAAAAAGACCGCUCUCAAGACCAAAACAAAGGUAUCCAGCAACAACCCCAGGAACAUAACCAGAAUCAAAAAGAACAAGCAAAAACUCAAGACCCAAGCAAAAGUAACCAACAACAGUCACAGGGUCACAAACAGGAUCCAAGAGAGCGCUCCCAAGACCAAAACAAAGGUGAUCAACACCCUCAAGAGCAUAGUCAGGAUCAAAAAGAAUAUUUCCAGAACCAAAACCAAGGUAGCGAAGAGCCUACUCAGGAACCCAACCAGGAUCAAAAAGGACAUUCCCAGCACCAAAACAAAGGUAACCAGCAACAAUCACAGGAGCACAACCAGGAUCAAAAAGGACAUUCCCAGCACCAAAACCAAGGCCUUACUACAGAUCGUACCUCUGAAGGGAUUAAACAUGGAAAUAAAUACUUUUUUUAAUUCUGUAUUGAUUUCUUUACAAUUAUGACCUAAUGCCCUGCAUAUAUAUCUCCAGUAAUAUACCCUGGUAUGUUCUAUAUUAAAAUUAUUUUAAAAAAUUUCUUCCUCCAAACAAUAUACGGUACUCUCUUUAUGAUAUUAAUGAUAAUAUUUGUAUAUAGUGCUUUCCUCUUAAAGUAUUUUAGUGCUGUUUGUCUGUCAAAUCUAUUGCAUCAAACAUUACUCGAGUGAAA